CACGUCGUCACGGUGCGUGAUGUUCCGCGUUCCCCGUUCCCCGUUCCGGGAACGUUUCUCCCCGUGGAUCCGACUUUCUGCGCUGGGGAGACGGCACGGGCGCCGGCGGCCACGUCAGACCGGAUUCGGCGGUCGCGAGAGGCAGCGUUUGAGGAUCUCGUGCAGGACAGAGCGCGCCUAUAUAUACUUAGCCCUUCUCACUGCGCCGCGUUCCAGUCAAAAGGCGGCUGCGGUGCGCUUGCUGCCCACUUCCCGCCUGUCUUAUACCCUUUCCCACCUCCAAUCCGCCCUUCACGACUAUCUAUUAACCAUGCAGCUCCUUGCCCUCGCACUCCUCGCGUCUACGCCAGCCGCCGUCAGCGCAGCCACAUGCUCCGGACUCAGUACCGGGGCCAUGGCUGCCAUAAUAGUAGAGAGCGUGGUCAUCUUCCUUCUCGUCAUCGUUCUCUUGUCUGUCCUGCGCCAGCUGCAGAUUGCGCGCAACAAGCUCAAGGCCGCGCACUUGCACGAAGGGCAGGAGUAUAAACGGGGUCCAGCGUCGGACGAUCGGGCUGACCGGAACCACAGCACGUCGUCGCUGGUGCAGUCUCCUCAACAAGAUAACUAUGAGGAGAGCCACGUCGCGCUCCUGCCUCCGUCUCUCCGCCCGCAAUCCCACUCCUUCUCCAGCCCUCCCAGCGUCCGCUCGUCCACGCUCUACGACUUUACACCGCGGCAAGAAGACUUCGGGUUUGACUUCAAGUCGUAUCGACCUUCAUCAGUCGUGCAGCCUUCAACAACCGUGCAACCGCCAGUAGCAGUGGCACAGCCUACGAUCCUACAGCCUUUGACGCACGUAGCCGAGGUUUCAAUGGCCAGCCUACCUAAUCCGCACAGUGAGCAUGGCCACGGAGGCGACCACGAUGACGACGACGACGAGCAGUCCACGACGCACGAAUCGCUCCUCCCAACGCCGCUCCCGCGCGCCGCACAGCCCUCCGACGACUCCGAGACCUCCGGACGCCGCGUCCGGCUCCGUGGCGUUGUCCGAAUCCUCUGGGCUGCCGACGUCGUCGGCGCGCUCGAGCGGGGGCCCACGCCCAUCUCGCGUACCACCACCGCCAGCACGACCCUGUCCACGUACAGCGACGUCUCCACACCCAUCACAGGCCCUGUGCACGAGCUGCUGAUCAACCGCCAACGCGACUCGGGCAGCCAGGCCCACACCGUCGCCAGUGCUGUCCGGCCUUGAGCGCCCGGACAGCCCCCGUCAGCCUCGAUGGCUAAGCUAGGCGGCAUUGCGGUGAGCAUGCGCCUUGGCGUCAUGACCUCGUCUCGAUGACACAACACUUGGACACUAUUGCAUAUCCCGUUUCGCAUUUAGCACAUUGGUGCGGCACGGACACUCUCGGACUUGACAUCGCAUCGCAUUGCAUCGAUACGGCAUACUAGUACUGACAUCUAACUGUCGUUUGUCCUGCUGACGCGCGGGCGCGGAUUGACUCUGACAUGCGUGCAUAUAUCGUAGCACACCGUCAUAUAUUGUUCUGAAGUAUCGGACUCGUAACAUAUGUUCUAAUGCGGCCAUUCAUUGCAACGACACGGACUAUUUACUGCAUUAGACUCUGUAGCAUACUCGCCCGUCCCGGGUGCCCCAAAAUGUCAGAAUGCGGCCUUGACCGUGUGGUUGAGGCCGUCGACCAGUGGAACCAUCA